CGACAAGCGAGUGAUAGUAAUUGAGUUAAGGCGCUCAACCGACUGACGAUAGCAAAGUAUCACUGAAUCUAGGCAGUGCGAUAGUAGUCAUGGAGCUCCGCGCAACUACCCUGGCCGGGUCAGCAUCUCCCUGCGCAAGGACAGUUUCUGGCCGACGAGUCCCCACCGCCCCACGUCCCCAACACCACCACCUGCCCACACACCCCCAGCCACACCUCCAGCACCCAGGGGGCCUGCUCCGAAGCCCCCUCCCCGCAGCCAGCCGCCCCCACCUGACCUCCACAGCCGCCUCCGCCCCCUCAUCCGGCUCCACCGCCCCCCUCCCUGAGCCCGAGACCGCUCGAGAGGCCAUCGACCAGGGAAACCAGCUGGCCAAGCAAGCUAGGUGGCAGGAGGCGCUGGUGCUGUACGAGAGGGCACUGACACUGCCCGGCACCGGCAUCAAGAGAUACCGCGACAGGCCCCCCCAGGCCAGCGACGGCGAGCGGGCGGCUGCGCUGUUCAACGCCGCCUGCUGCCAGGCGCAGCUGGGGGACAUGCGGGCGGGGCUGGUGGCGCUGGCAGGCUGUCUUGAGGCGGGAUACGACGACUUCCAGCAGCUGCGCUCCGACCCCGACCUGGCGCCACUCAGGGGGGACGAACGCUUCGAGGGCUUGUUGCGGCGCUUCGAGCGGCCGAGCGCCCCCCUGGGCGGCUUCCUGGGCGGCUUGUUCGGGGGCAAGAAGUGAGGCAGGAGAAGUGAGGCAGGCAGCAGCAGGCAGGAAUGAGGGCGUUACCGGUAUCCUCCAAAGAGCGAUGGAUGUGUGUUAGGAACGCACCUGAACCUGCGGGGAUGAUGGGUGGGUGGGUGCUGCUGCUGCUGCGGCGGCGGCGGCGGUGAAGUGCAUUAAGAUGGGUCUAGUGAUGGUGGUGGUGAGUGAUCGUUGACGCAGCGGUACAGCGGGGGCGGGGAUUGGAAGGGUGGUGGGCGGCUGAGGUGCCGUACUUCCCUCCGUACAGCUGGCAUUGAGGCUGCGACACAAAGCAUGGACUCGGUGGUGGUGUUCAGCAGGGCUUGUUCUCCCAACUGCGUGGCACGUACCUACGCCCUACGCCCUUCGCCGAGCGCCCUGCUGUAACGUGCCGGCACCCG